ACAUGAAAUCACCAGUAUAUAUACUGACAAAAUCAUUGGCCGUGUCAGUAUAUAUACUGCGUCAUGGGAUCCCCUCGAGUCCUCUCAUGCAUAAAACCGCAAAUUAUGCCGUUUGCAUGUUCGUUGCCUUACCGUAAUAUUUACAUGAAUUGCGCUUUAUCGAGUUGAAGUAUGCCAAAAAGAAAAAAAACCAAAGACUUUUUGGAGGAUUUGGGAAGCUUCGAGUUCGACGAGUUAAGCGUUAGUCGCACGGGGAAGAUUGUUGAGGAAAACAAGCGUUUAGAGCUAGAUUUUACAGGCUUUCUUAGGUGUUGUAGCAGCGAAGAUGUGUCAGGAAAAUCUAGCGACGCACAUGUUCAUGAGACAAGCGAUCAUGAAGCAGAUCAUUUGUGCGACGAUACGAGUAUUUUUGGAGAGAAAUCAGACGAAGAAGGAGAAAGCCUUUCGUCGCACAACAAAAGAAAGUUGAGACUUCUUUCGUCGUGGAGAAAGGAGCGAGAAUAUUUGAUAAGGGCAUUCAGAUUGUCAAGCUGUAUUCCUCACACAGCAUUUUGCUGCAUUUGCUUGUCUGAAAAUCCAGAAUUUCGGUGUAAAGACUGUGGGCCUUACUCUUUCUUUUGCUGCAAGUGCUUGGUCGAAGUUCACAACACGAAAAAUUAUUUUCAUACACCAGAGAAAUGGCAGGAAAACAUGUUUGUUAGUGUUAAAAUUAAAACACCAAAGCUAAUAAAUCCACAUCAUCAUUGCGAAUUUCCUGACUUGGAAUAUUUUAAACCUGUUUUGAUCACUGAUAAAAAAGGUUUUCAACACGAGUAUCAAGUGAGGUUUUGCAGAUGUAAAAGUGAAGCAUGUACAUUGGUUGAGCUGGGUCUCUGGCCUGCUACUCCUACCAAACCUGUAAUGGCUUUUACAUUUGGCUUGAUGGAACUGGUGGAAAAAAUGUUUCUUGUUGCUAAGGUGUCUGUUCAGCAAUGUUGUGCAUCCCUUCCUGCAUUCUCUAAUUUUCCUAGACAUGAAGUGGUAAUUAAUUACCACAAUGAAGGACAACAUUUUGUUCAAGCGAUAAAUAUUGUUCACAAGCCUAUUGAAAUUUAUCGAAAUAUGUUGGAUGCAUUUGAGGAGUUUAGGCAUUUUAGGUUUGACUUACGUGAACUGAAGGAUAUAUGUCCUGAACGCGAUGGAGAAAAUGUUUGUCCAGCAUGCCCUAAGGAGAAUGGUGUCUCAUUUGAGUCUUUUGAUGCUCUCUUUGGACUACCGAGAAAGAAAUCAUCUGGCUCUAGCGUGUUAGAUCCUGUACGAACUGGCAUUCUGUUUGCUGAUCAGCAUAUAGUGGAUAAUUUUGUUGCCAAUUAUCAGGAUAAGAGUUCUGAAAGUGAUUGCAACAAUUUCUUGGCUGGAAAUGCAUUACGAUCGAACCAAAGGUUUGCAGGGUUAGACGAGACGGGGAUAUUCGGCAGGGCAUGCAGACAUGAGUUUCCGAAAGCUUUUGUAAAUUUAAAACAUGGUGAAAGAAUUUCGUACGCUGUUUGGCUUAUUAAGGAAAUGGUGUCAAAAACAAAGGAGGCGAAUGUUAGCUACAAAGUCUUGUAUGACAUUUCUUGUAUUCUUCACCGCCAUUUGCAGAAUUCUGCGGAGUUCUCAGACGUUUUAGACCAUAUCGAUUUGGCUAUCCCGGUAUUUCAUGUCUACGGUCAUAAAGCUGAAUGUCAGAUUAUGUAUAGCCCUAGACGCAUAGCAGGAUUCGGUCUCACUGAUGGUGAAGUAAUGGAGCGUUUGUGGUCGUAUUUGAGGGGAUUUGCAUCAAUUACUAAGGAGAUGUCUCCUUCCAGGCGAAUUGAUGCAUUAACUGAUUGCUUGUUACAUUAUGGUCGACAAAGUAAGUCAAAACUUGGAGAAAGGUUGAGGAGACGAAUGGUGCGUGCAAUGGAACUGCAAAAAACGGCAACGAAGACAUUUGAUGAAAUGGUGGAUACUAUUCCGGACUUCGACAUGUCCCAUAUUGACACUUGGCUGGCUGAGGAGAAGGAGUAUUUCUCUCAUAAACACGCUAGAAGUAGAAACGAAGCUGGGCUGGUAGAGCGACUUGAGCCGUGGAAGGAACAAUAUUUUGGAAAGCUUCAACGAUAUUAUUGUUUAAGAGAUGAAAGUGUUUUGCGAGAGUCGGGAGAUGACAAUAGCAUCGUGGAAGAAAUGUCCAAAUUAGAUAAAAUGCUUCUGGAAACUGAAAGAAAUUUCCAGAUAGUUAGAUGGAAAAGAUCCGAUCCCGACUACCUCCACUUCAAGUUGCUAUAUUACCGUAAGCGCUUGGAAAGUCUCGAUUGUGAUCUUACCUCGUCUGCUAGAGAAUACAAGUUUAUGACAGAGUUAAAGAAAAAAUAUGCAGAUGGUCAAGCAAUAGCAAGCAGAAUCGAGAGAGUUGUGAAAAAGCACACAAGGAAAAUUAGGCGUUCCUUAAAAGAACGGGAAAAUAUUUGCAAGACAUUACAUGAACUAGAUGAUACGACAGAAUACGAAACAUAUACCUUCAAUGACGUUGUCUCUUCACUCAUAUUUGAACAACGUGGUACUUCCCAAACCGCUGUAGCUUUAGUUUCACAACCAUUCAGGCAGCAAAUUUUGGACUGUUACCAACUGAGAGAAAGAUGUUCGGAGGAAAUGGGGCUACUCGAGGCUGAGAUGAAAAAUGUAGUAAAAUUUUAUGUUAAUGACAUAAAAAUUUUACAGAAGGUUGAUACAGAUCUGUAUUCCAUGGGCGACAUUGCUGUUGUAAGACAAGAAGUAGAACAACAGAAAAUCCGUCUUGGCGUGCUUAUAUCACAUUUUCAACCGUUUACCAAUGUUCGGGAACUUGUUGGUGAUGAAAUACAAAUUUCGUAUACAAUAACAGAGGAGCUGAAUAGUUACGACAGUGAUAGCGAUAAUGUUGGCAACGAUAGUGAUGAUGAAAUGGUUGGAGCGUGCUAG